AUGGCAUCUCUCGGCCUAACGCCUUUCAAAGCGGCCGUCGCGUUCGAGAUCAUGGCCAAUCUGAUCUCACUGCCAUCACUGCUCAUCAACCCUGAUCAUGGCCUCUCGUUCCUCGUCCGCGGACCAGCGCAAAUUACCCCAGCAACACGGACCCUCGCGCAGUGGUUUGGCGGCCUCGUAGCAGGACUCACAGUCCCACUCGUACUUUCAUAUGCCUCACCAGCUCCCGGCCCUGCUGGUGAUGCACAAAGAGGUUUCCGUCGUGCAACGUAUCUAGCUCUCGCUGGCCCAGAAGUGGCUUUCGUGGCGAUCAUGGGAGGUGCAUGGCUCAAAGGUGCAGAUGUCGGGAUGACGGAGACGGCACUGCUCGGAGGUGCGAUCAAUAUGACCGCUUUUCUGGUGUUGCGAUCCGUAUUUCUGUUCUGGAAGCCGCAUUUGUUGGAAGAGCGAGAUGACAAGAAGACUGCUUAA